AUGUCUUUUAAUCAGAGCAACUCAAUCAGGCUGAAGAAAUCCGACAGCGAGAGAGCGCAAGUAGGCCCCGGGGCAGUUCAGUUCAGUGACCCCCUUGGUGUUGCCAGCUGCCAACUAACCUGUCGUCUUCUUUUGCAGUGGUUGAUAUCACAACAAAUUCCACAGUUUGAGGAUGUCAAAUUUGAAGCAGCGAGCCUCCUGUCUGAACUGUAUUGUCAAGAGAAUUCAGUCGAUGCAGCAAAGCCUCUGUUACGUAAAGCCAUCCAGAUUUCACAGCAGACCCCUUAUUGGCACUGUAGACUACUUUUUCAGCUUGCACAACUACAUACACUCGAGAAAGAUUUGGUAUCUGCCUGUGACCUGCUAGGAGUGGGAGCAGAGUAUGCCCGGGUAGUAGGAUCAGAAUAUACCAGGGCACUGUUUCUGCUCAGUAAAGGGAUGCUUCUUCUAAUGGAGCGAAAGCUGCAGGAAGUGCACCCACUCCUCACUCUUUGUGGGCAAAUAGUUGAAAACUGGCAAGGAAACCCUAUCCAGAAAGAAUCCUUACGUGUGUUCUUCUUGGUGCUCCAGGUGACGCAUUACCUGGAUGCUGGGCAGGUAAAAAGCGUGAAGCCGUGUCUGAAGCAGCUCCAGCAGUGCAUUCAGACCAUAUCAACUCUGCAUGAUGAUGAAAUUCUACCCAGCAACCCUGCUGAUCUCUUUCACUGGCUGCCCAAGGAACACAUGUGUGUGCUGGUCUACUUGGUGACUGUGAUGCAUUCCAUGCAAGCAGGAUACCUGGAGAAGGCACAGAAAUACACGGACAAAGCACUCAUGCAGCUGGAAAAGCUAAAAAUGUUGGACUGCAGUCCCAUCUUGUCAUCUUUCCAAGUUAUUUUGCUGGAACAUAUUAUCAUGUGUCGGCUUGUCACGGGACACAAAGCCACAGCAUUACAGGAGAUCUCACAAGUUUGUCAACUCUGCCAGCAGUCCCCAAGGCUGUUUUCCAAUCAUGCUGCUCAGCUACACACGCUACUAGGACUCUAUUGCAUUUCUGUUAAUUGCAUGGACAAUGCAGAAGCACAAUUCACCACAGCGCUGAGGCUCACCACGCAUCAGGAAUUGUGGGCAUUUAUCGUGACAAACCUGGCCAGCGUGUACAUCAGGGAAGGCAACAGGCAUCAAGAGCUUUACAGCUUACUGGAAAGGAUAAAUCCAGACCACAACUUUCCUGUGAGCUCUCACUGUCUCCGAGCAGCAGCUUUCUAUAUCCGAGGGCUUUUCUCCUUCUUUCAAGGAAGGUACAACGAAGCGAAACGAUUUUUGCGAGAGACGCUGAAAAUGUCGAACGCAGAAGACUUGAACCGAUUAACAGCCUGUUCUCUUGUACUCCUUGGUCACAUAUUCUAUGUGCUGGGAAAUCACCGGGAAAGCAAUAACAUGGUAGUCCCAGCCAUGCAGCUUGCGAGCAAGAUCCCAGACAUGUCCGUGCAGCUGUGGUCUUCUGCUCUGCUGAGAGAUCUGAACAAAGCCUGUGGAAACGCCAUAGAUGCUCACGAGGCAGCGCAGAUGCAUCAGAACUUUUCACAGCAGCUUCUUCAGGACCAUAUUGAGGCUUGCAGUCUUCCAGAACACAACCUAAUCACGUGGACAGAUGGACCCCCUCCUGUACAGUUCCAGGCUCAGAAUGGACCCACCACCAGCCUGGCCAGUCUCCUGUGAGAGAAAAGCUACCAGGACAUUGUAUAACAGCAAACAAACAAAGCCAAAAAAGGAGAAAAGUUCGUGCGGAAAAGUUUUCUGCAGAGAAAAGACAGCAAAUUUCCAUAGUGCGGGCCUCUGUAGAGAGAGGAUGGCUUAAACCCAGCGUGCAUUUCAUACUUGCAAAGUGAAAAGGGCAUUUUAAGCUGCUUUUACCUAGUGUGGGAAUAUACAGCUAGCGUGUGUACAUACAUCCUGGUUUUAAUCUGUUCUCUUUUUAUUCACAAUUAAGGUUUAGACAGAGGGACGCUUUUCUUAUUGGUGGAUCUUGUUUUAACAAAAAUAUAUAUUUUCACAAAAGAUGAAGAGAGCUUGCUCAGAUUAUAAAGCUGAUCACCUGCGAAACGUUUAACCCUAGCUGAAAUGUGCUGCUUUUUGAAUAUGCUUUCUACGCCCCCUCUACUCCCAGGAGCAGGUGGAGUGAAUUGUGACUGACCAUAGGGUACAGCAAGCUUCAGACCUCAGUUCCUGCAUCAAGUAUUUGAGUGCUGGAAAUGCAGUCCCAUGAUGAAGGUGAUUAGAUCAAUUUGUUGACUCUUCCUUGGUUUCUGCUUGUCCUUCACAGGAGCUGCCCAAGUGGGAGAGGAAAGCACCUUCUGUCCUCCCUGCUUCAUCCCAAGGGUCAAGCAGAAUCGGUCUCUCUCAUUCUGCUGAAGAGAGAAGCAAAAUAUAGUGCAUAUCUUGGAAUAAAUGCAGCCUCCAAAUCCAAAUACGCAUAUCUGCCUGGAGGAGAAGCUUAGAGCUGGCUAAAGCAUUGGGGAAGCUUUGAAUUUCCAAACCGUUUUCCAUGUUAGGUAGCUUCUGGUUUUGCCUCCUUUUAGAAGCCCAUUGUUGCAAAGAUGUUCUUUGCUUCUCCAGAUGUGCAAUGCAGCUGUCUGUCUGGGGGAGAGGGGCCCCAAAUUGUGGCCUCUUUCAUUCUGCAGAGCUUGAGAAUGGUCAGGGUUGUAGAUGGGAGACGGAUCUGCCUGGGGGUUGGUAUGCACCGUGGUGGAAAGCUCACCAGCUCACAGGGCUCAAGAAAUGGUUUUUCCUGUUGGCAGCUCUGCAAAUGUCAUUGAAGAAAUGUCUGUCUGUCUUGGUGGGGAUAACAGGGGUCUGCUAACCAGAUGGGCACUGUGGGGUCUGUUAGGUGGGCUUUUAGGUGAUGUUAAUACUUUAGGGUCAGGGCUUUGUCCCUGAAAUCUUAACGCUGUUUCAUCUCGUAGGAAUGUUUGAGCAGUCUGUCUCGGGGGGUGGUUCCCUUCAAAGACUCUAGCAAAACGUUAUGCCGCUGCUUUGCUUUUUAUAAGCAAUAUAACUACUGAAUGAUGUGGAAAGGACAAAGGUCCUGCCCAGGUAAUAGGCAGAGGUGUGUUCCCUCUGCUGGCUCAGCAGCAGCUGUGUAGAAACCCUGGUCUUGGAGCUGGAGUGAUGUGACCCCAAGCAGGUUUCAGGCUCCAUUUAGAUCUACUUUAGGGAGCUCUGCUUUCUCCAAACUUGGUAAAGGAGAGACUUUAAUUUCAGGCUUGCAAAAAAAAAAAAAAAAAAGAAAAGGAAAAAGCUUUGUGCAGCUUGCAUCUCUUCACUUCUUUCCCGAUCUUGGAAGAUAAUAGUGUUUCUGGGAGUUGUGUGCUGGUGGUGCAUUUUAGGUAUUUUAUGCAGAUUGGAGCACUAUGCUCCUAAUAGGUCAUUGCAGGUAGAAAUCGCUCUGUGACAGUUGUGACCACGCUCAUUUAUCUGUCACCUGGUCUGGGUGGCCGAUGCUGGUGUGCCCUUAGUACACACGGAGGCUUGUGUCAGCUGAUUGUGGGGCACUCGACUGCGUGCCUUUGAACAACAGCACUGCCACUUAGCACUGUGCAGCACACCCACAACAGGUGCCAGCGGGACAGGGCUGCACAUAAGACUGUCUUGGCAGCAGCAUUACAAGCUAGUGGUGCAGUCUCAGAGGGUCUGUCCAGACGUAGGCAAGUGCUGGCCUCUGCUAGGAUUGCCACAAUCUCGUCAGAUUGACAUGGACAUUAGUAGAGCUGGCGAGAGAGCAAACGGUCAUUUUGUAUAGAUCCCAUAGCUGUCAUGGCCAGUUGCCAUCUGGAUUUUGACCAGGGAGACUCAGAAGCGACCCUGCUCCUGAAGAUGCCCACAGUCCUAUCUAGGGGUGGUGAACUCUAAGGUUGUCCUAACUCUUGGGCAGGAAGCAGCAUCUCUCUUUACACACCUCCACCCAACUUUUCAGAGUGCUUGGUGCACACCCCCAGGUAGAUUCCUCACCUCACUAGAUAUUCAAAAUAAUUCAAAUCCCAUUGUUACAUUAGACAGAAUAGCCAUAGUCUCUGUGGUGGUCACCGUUCAGAAUCGGAGCUGCUUGGUGCUGGUGUUUUUUAGAAGCAUGGUGCUAGCUGCAAGUGCUAGUCACUGGAGUAUCCUGUGUUUAAUGAGUCUUGUUUUAGAUGAUCAGUGCUUAGGGUUGGAUGGAAUAUAUUACAAAGUGGGAUGGGAGGAUGCACAGCCUUUGCUGCAGGUAGGGAAUGCUUGUGUUUUGGUCAGAAACUGUCCAAAUCAGUGGGGUUUUUUUAUAAAGGUCUUCAGAGAGAGGCCUGUACAGACAUUUCUCCUUCCCUCCUACACUUCUGCCAUCCAUGCUCAGUCCUUACUUUGCCCAUCAUGUGUUCAUGCAAC